AUGCAUGUUGAAGCAGACAGUGCUGCAGCGAGGCACGGAGCUGGGGCUUCGGGGGACGUGCCUGAGGGUAGCCGGGAAAAGGGAAAGGGCACGUACGAUUUGGUGGUGAUCGGAGGUGGAUCGGGUGGCCUCGCUGCAGCCAGUGAAGCGGCAGAGUUGGGGCGGAAAGUGGCAUUGUGCGACUAUGUCAAGCCUUCACCCAGGGGGACAACCUGGGGCCUCGGAGGUACGUGUUCCAAUGUGGGCUGCGUGCCCAAAAUACUUAUGCACAGAGCGGCUAUGCUCGGAGUUGACAUCGGGGAAGCCGCACCGUAUGGUUGGAGUCUACCUUCAGAUAAAAUCCACGACUGGGAAACAUUAGUGGAAGAAGUCCAGGUCUUCAUAAAGUCCACAAAUAUUGCAGCUCGAAAAAAAUUAGUAACUAACAAAGUUGUAUAUCAUAAUGCUUUCGCUGAAUUCGAGAGCGCUCAUCGCAUCAAAGUGCGAACUGCUAAAAACGAAGUAUCAACUCUCACAGCUGAAAAUUUUAUAAUAGCUGUUGGUGGCCGUCCACGGUAUCUUGAUAUACCUGGUGCAAGAGAGUAUGCGAUAACAUCUGAUGAUCUUUUCUCUUUGAAAUACAAUCCUGGAAAGACAGUAAUUAUUGGUUCCUCAUUCAUUGCACUUGAGUGUGCUGGCGUUUUAUCCGGAUUAGGUAUGGAUGUAACUGUUCUCGCUCGAUCAAAACUGCUGGAGCGCUUAGAUCAACACAUGGCUGAAAUGGUUGCAAAAUACAUGGAAUCCCAUGGAGUAAAGUUCAUCAGGAGGUGUGUCCCUACUAGCAUUGAAAAGAUUGGAGAUGGCACUCCACUUCUUUUAAAGGUUCAUGCGGCAAAACGUGAUAGUGGAGAUCCAUUUGUUAUAGACUGUAAUACUGUUUUACUUGCAACUGGCAGAGUACCAAACACCAGAAAUAUGGGUUUAGAAAAUAUUGGAGUAACAAUGAAUAAGUCGACUGGAAAAAUCAUAGUGGAUGAGGAUGAACGUACAUCAGUCCAAAAUAUAUUUGCGAUUGGAGAUGUAAUUGAUGGAAAACCAGAGUUGACUCCAGUAGCCAUUAAAACUGGAAGAUUGUUGAGUCGGAGAUUGUAUGGUGGUGCAUCGACGAGGAUGGACUACACAUUAAUCCCAACAACAUUAUUUACUCCAUUAGAGUAUGGUAGCGUUGGUCUCUCUGAGGAACUUGCUAUUGCCCAAUACAGCAAUGAAAAUAUUGAAGUAUAUCACUCUCACUUCAAUCCGCAAUAUCAGGCUCUAACAAUGAAGGAUGAAAGCGUACCUUACAUGAAAAUAGUGUGCUUGAAGAGCGAGCAGAAUAGAAUUAUUGGCUUCCAUAUAUUUGGCCCACAUGCCGGUGAAAUUACUCAGGGCUUUAGUCUUUGUUUGAAACUUGGAGCAAAGCUGAAAGAUUUACAGACUCUUGUGGGAAUUCAUCCAACUUGUGCCGAAAUUGCGACAUACCUAUCAAUCACCAAAUCAUCUGGAAAGAGUGUGCUCAGGACAUUCUGCUGAGGUUAGAGACGCUGCCACAUGCAGUAAUGUGACUGCCAUGUACAGUCACGUUAGCAUGUGGCAGCCUUUCGUCUGGAGAAUUUCCUAUGGGGCCGAAAUGAUGAGAAUGAUGGCAUUGUCAUAAACCUCAGUGGUGGACAUUGCUUGAUGAAUAUCAUUAAGCGGACCCACAGGACGUUGUUCUCCUCCAAGACAAUAUUAUAAAGCAUCAAAUAUGGUUGAGCGCUUCUGAAGAAAGCAGUCACUUGUAAAACGAUGGUGCAUUCUACUUUGGCAAUUUUACACUUCCUGCAAUGAUCGUAAGAAUACGAAGUAUUAAAUCCGAACACCUUAUCGCUGUGAAAAUAACAGUUUUAGUGCAAACUGAUGUAUAAAUUAUUUCAACCUUUUUAACUCUCAUUUAAACUGGAGGUAUAGAGUAUAAAGUGUAUUUAAUAUCUUGUUACCUCAAGUAAGCUCUCAUACUGCAGCUGCGUCCGUAAUUUCGAUGUGUUAAUUUCAAUACUUGGCUUUAACAUAGUUACACUUUCAUAUGUUCAGAUGGAAUAAAAGGUUCUAAAACUACAAAA